AUGGCACCCAACCAAUAUCUACUCUAUGACCUGCCCAGUAAAACACCAGGCUUUACAUGGUCGCCGAAUCCCUGGAAGACCAGACUUCUUCUCAACUUCAAGAGUCUUAGCUUCCGAACACAAUGGCUCGAAUAUCCAGAAAUUAAGCCGGAACUGAAAAACCACAUUCCACCUAAUCCCGAGGGUAUUGCAUAUAGCAUCCCGGCUAUCGUCUGCCCCGAUGGGACUUACAUGAUGGACUCACGCAAAAUCGCCGAUUAUAUCGAGCAGCGACACCCACAGCCUGCACUUCACUUGGAUUCCAGCUACCUGGCCAAAGUUGAGGACAUUUGGACUCGGUACAUGAGCGCAUUUUGUCCUAUCUUCAUCCCUCAGGUCCCGAAGCGGAUUCUCAACGACGCAAGUCUUGAAUUCUGGUAUACGACUCGCGAGGAGUGGUUUGGGAUGCCAUUGGAUCGUUUGGAGAAAGAGAAAGGAGGAGAGAAAGCUUGGGGUGCAGUUGAGGUUGCCAUUCGCGAGGCUACUGCGUUGUUGAAGGAGCGGGAUGGACCGUUCUUUCUGGGGGAUACGCCCAGCUAUGCUGAUCUUGUCUGGGCUAGUAUUCUUCUUUUCUGUCGGCGGUUGGGAGCGGACUGUUUUGAGGAAGCUCUGAAAAGAAGUGGUGAUGGCCAGGUUCAUCUUGACUUGCUUGCUGCUGUGGAGUCUUGGUCUAGGUAA